UGACAUUUUCACAGAUGUUGGACGACUUAGCGGAAAAUCAAAGGACCGUCGACUUACUGAGCAGGAGCGCAGUCAUUUGCAAACAUAUUUGCUCACCAACUGCGAAGAUGUUCUUCAAUAUGAGAGGAUUUUCAUGGCAGAAAAGCGGUUCGAAUAUAGAUACGCUACAGAGGCAGAACUAGAAGAAAUGAAGCAAAAAGAAUUUGCUGGAUGGAUGUUUACUUAUGUGUCUGCUGGUUUGGCCAGAGGUGAAACAUUUGACGAUUGGAUACGCGAGAUGGUGGUUGGACCAAACUAUGUUGUGAAGUCAUAUCCGAGAUUUUGUACUCGAGGAUAUGCAUUCACAACUGAAAAGACGAAACGUUCGCGUACGACCUAUGAUGCUGGCGUUUGUUCUGCAUCGGGAGAUGAUGUAUACUACGGACACAUACAUGAGAUUUUGGAAAUCAAGUAUUUAGGCCUGCUUGGAUUGCGCUGUACUGUUUUCUAUUGUGAUUGGCACGACAUCACUCCAGAUCGAGGUGUGAGAACAGAUGCAUUUGGUGUUACAUCAGUUAAUUCGAGACGAAAGCUGCAAUAUUAUGAUCCUUUCAUUCUUGCUUCUCAGGCCGAUCAGGUUUGUUAUAUCAAGUACCCCCGGAUAAGGAACAGAGAUGAUCCAUGGGUUACUGUUACCAGACUCAACCCGAGAGGCCGAGUUCAGGGGAGUUCUGAGCUGGAAGACCCACUACAACCAAUCACAUCCAGUAACUUAAGUGCAGAAGAAGAUGUAGCAGGAGUUGGCCUUGUAGUAGAUUUCACCGACUUCGCAGAGGAAGCCGUCGUUCACGCACAGGAUGAACCAGUUAUUGGAGAGUUUCACCAAGAUCCAGAUUCAGAUUCAUCUGCUGAUGAUGAGUCGGAAUCAGAGUAGUUUUUUUUUUUUUUUUUUUUUUUUACUAAUCGAGGAAAUUUCGAGGGAAGUUAGGGUUUCCUCGAAAUUUCCUCGGAAUUACCCUUAACGGUUUAGGGGUUUGAUAAAAAUUACCUAGAUCCUCGAAAUUUCCUCGAAAUAUUCCGAGGAAAUUUCGACGACCAAGAUAAUUUUAGGGGUUUGAUUUAAAACACCUUUUUUCGUC